AUGAGCAACGCGGCCGGCAUUAGCAACGCGCCAGCGACAACAAUCAACCGAAACAGUAAAGACGACGAUGUGCCACCUGCCAUGGACGAGGGUAUCAAGAAUGAUGGACGGGGAAAUGCCUCGUCAACGCCUAAUACGACAUCUGGGUCUGCGGAGCUAGAAUCAGAGAAGGUUCAAUCGCGUUUGAAGAAGAUAUGGAGCAAAUUAGGCCUAGAUGUGGGCACUAUCUUGAUGAUGUUCAAAGGGAGUGUUGCACCUACAAUUGGUAUAGCUUUCUACCAGUCACGGAAUGUAUCCACUUAUUAUGGCACAAUUGGGUAUUUGGUACCAAUCAUUACUGUGAUUUCUCUUCCUAUUAUGCCUAGAGCCAAAUAUCUUCAAACUAUGAUCAUGAAUGUUUUCGCCGUGUGCGUUGGUGCAGCCCUCAGCCUUCUUGGGAUCUGGACUGGUCUCAAAGCGCGGCAAAAUACAAGUUCAGCAAACUCCAUAGAGCCAUACAACUCGUCACAAUCAGCUGUUUGCGCAAUAUGGCUCUUUGCUAAUAUAUAUUUCGUCAAUACUGUACGAGCCAAGAUGCCAGCGUUGCAGUUUCCUGUUAUCAUGUAUAGUAUAUUUACCAAUGUAGCUUUCGUUUAUGGCCAUCUUUUCACGAGUAUAGCGCAGGUCGAGUCUUUUGUUAGAAGCCUCCUUGUUGCUUUUCUCACAGCUUUUGCAUUGGCAACCGCGGUCAAUCUGUUCAUUAUACCUGUGACGUCCAGGAAAGUGGUUUUCAAAGAUUUUGAAGGCUACUUUCAAGCCGUCAGGGGAACGCUAAAAGCGCAGACGGCUUAUCUUGCGAGUCUUGAGCGGAGUGAUAUGUUUUCACCGUAUGUUUCCGACGAAGGCACCAACAACAAGAGAGGGGAGAAAGGUAAGAAAGCAGACGAAGAUAGAGACAAUGCUGCACGACCAAAAUCUCCAGAAGCCAGGGCGCUCAAGGCCGCGAUUGACGGCUUAAAGGGGUUACAUGGGAAGCUGUAUGGUGACCUAGCGUUUGGUAAGAGGGAGGUUGCCUGGGGAAAUUUGAACGCAGAUCACCUUGAUGAAAUCUUCGUUCUCUUCCGUAAAAUUCUGAUCCCUCUUGUGGGACUUACCACGAUUAUCGACAUAUUCGAGCGCGUUGCAGAAAAGCGAGGUUGGGUCAAGCCCUCCGAUGAUCAACACGUGGAAGGAGGAGAGAAACUUCGCCAAACCAAGGAGGAGGAGAAGAGGGUCUGGAACGAAAUGAUGAAAUGUUUGCACGAGCCAUUUGCCAUCGUCAUGGCCGCCAUGGAUGAGGGGAUAGAGCACGCAGCUCUGCUUCUAGGAAUCAUCAGCCCGCCGAAGAAGAAAGAGGAUGUCGAGUCAAAUGGUACGCGACCUAAACCCGGUGAUCCGGAAUUUUCUCAGCAUUUGCGGCAUCGAAUGAAGGAGUUCUAUGGUACCCGUGGCGCAGCCGUGAAAAUAUGGGCGAGAGAUCGAGGACUAGAUCAAGAUCAUUUCGACACCAUAAGGGAGUCCCCGGUUUCUGUUUCAACCAAAGACGAUAACAUCCAGCGGUCCGAGGAUCAACAACAACUGUUUUUGAUUCUAUAUAUGGAAUUUUUGCUAUAUUCUGUCGGUAUGGCAAUUUUCGAAAUGGUGGAAUAUGCCGAGAAGAAGGUUGCGGACGGUACCAUGAAGAAGAAUCGGCUUAUUCUCCCAGGCCAGCGACGGAUUCCACCUGACUCCAUGGAGAGUGGAAGUCCCAAUGUGUAUAUGGGUUCCGGCUUUGGCCCAAGGAAAGACCCAGAACAUCUUCCGGCACAGAGCCCCUGGCAACAUUUUGGAAAUGGGUUGAGAAAGGUUCCUAAAUUCCUUGGAUCCACAGAGUCGUCUUUCGGCUUCCGUGUAGCAUGCGCUACAUUGACUGUCGGUAUUGUUGCUUUUUUGAAGAAUAGCCAGCGCUUUUUCAUUGAACAGAGACUCGUUUGGGCUAUGAUCAUUAUUGCCAUUGGCAUGAACGUAACGAGUGGCUCGUCAAUGUUCGGAUUUUUCGGAAGAAUUCUUGGGACUGCUCUUUCUAUGGUCUUUUCCAUUGUUAUCUGGUAUAUUGUGGAUCAAAAGACAGCGGGAGUUAUUGUGUUCCUCUGGCUCUUCAUAUUCAUAGAGAUGUAUGGAUUCUUGAAAUAUCCACGCUUCAUUCCGAUAUGGUUGGUAUGCAUCGUCACCCAAGUACUAAUCAUAGGAUAUGAGCUUGAAGUGCGCCAACUUGGUGUUGCGCAGGCAACUUCCAAUGGCCAGCCGUACUACCCGAUAUACUUGCUUGGUCCAUAUCGAUUGGCAUGCGUUGCUGGAGGUUCAUUUGUUGCGUUUUUCUGGACCAUCUUUCCAUACCCUAUCUCGGAUAGGUCAUGGCUUCGAAAAGACCUGGGGUCAACGAUUUUUCUGUUAGCAAGUUACAAUUCCUCGAUGCAUUCAACCAUUUGGUCGAGAAUGCAUGGUACUGAAGGCGACAUGGAGCUUAUAACGUCUCCUGGAAGAAAACUUGAGAAGAUUCGAUACAAGAUCUUCGGAAAGUUGCUUCUUCUUUUGCCUUCACUGCAGCAACACGCUGACUGGGAAAAGUGGGAGAUCUCUAUUGGUGGGAAGUUUCCUAGAAAAAGCUAUGAAGAAAUAAUCUACCGCACAACUAAUAUAAUGAGUUACCUUUCUCUACUUGGCUACGCAACGCAAUCAUGGUCCUCAAAGAAUGAUCACCCAAGCGACGAGCCAAUAAAUCCUGCAGCACGACGAGCGUGGUUAAACGACCUCACUUCACUCAUCGACCGUGCAGCGCCGACAUCUCACUCCGUGACCUCUACGCUGAUUCUCCUCUCACACUCCGUGACUCAAGGCUCGCCUCUUCCCCCUUAUUUCGAAUCUCCCAAGACCUUUGACCUGAGCAAAAGCCUUGAAGCACUCGACAGCGGCAUUCUCGAUGCUCGACACGUGGAGGAACCGGGAUAUAGCGCUUAUGCUGUUUGUCAGAUUGCGACGAGUCUCAUCAACGACGACUUGCAGAAGUUGAUUGAGGCUGUGAGGGAUUUAGUUGGAGAAACAGAUUUUAGCUGGAAGGUCACUGAUAGUGAGGAGACUCUGACUGGUGGAGGGAAAGGCAAAAAUGAUUAA